AUCAACUUAUGAGCAAACAGUUCUUCGCCACCAUGGAGUGGUGCACAUUUUUAAAGCUUGUUUCAUUUAUCAUUGCUUUGCAAUGUCCAAGUGCAAAAUCUGAACAAAGUCAGUUUGAACCUCUCGCUACCCACAAACUACUGCAAACAUGCUCGAAAACAACAAAUCGCAACUCGGGAGUUCAGCUGAUCCACCCCCAGCCCGGAUUCCGCGAACCAUUCGAGGUGUUCUGUGACCAGGAGUACGAAGGCGGCAAUUGGAUCGUAAUCCAGAAUCGCUACGAAGGAUCGGUGCACUUCUACCGCGGUUGGAACGAUUACGUGCGCGGAUUUGGCAACCUGAACGGUGAAUUUUGGCUAGGCUUGGAUAGAAUUCACGAACUCACGUACUCGAAGCGUUACGAGCUGCACGUAAUCAUCGAGGACUGGGAGGGGCAUCGAACGGUGGCCCGGUACAGUGCCUUCUUGGUGGCUGGACCGGAGGAAAAGUACACGCUGAAAAGCCUGGGUACGUUCAGCGGGAAUGCCGGCGAUGCAAUGACGAGUCACCACCUCGGAAUGAAGUUUUCAACGUUCGAUAACGAUAACGAUUUGUGGUCUGAGAAUUGUGCCGUUGCCCGAUACGGAGCGUGGUGGUACAGCGUUUGUGCGGCGAGCAACCUUAACGGAAGAUACACUAAAGGAAUCGAUUUAACAGGAAUGUACUGGAAUUCGUUUAGACCCGAUGGAUAUAGCGUAAAAGUUUCUAGAAUGAUGAUACGGGCCGUGAACUGAAAAUUAAAUAAAGUCAACAAACUUUGGACACAGUACAUGUACAUAUUCCCGGAACAGCUGAGCCAAUUUAAGUUCGCCGUUGAGCUUUUAAGUAAAUAUACUGAGAAGAGACGUCAAAAAA